GUUUCUAAGAAUAUUUUGUUAUUGUUUUCAGACUUUGCAUAUUUAAUGAGAUGGAUCGUUGUAUCUAUCAGUUUGGCAGCUCUCAUCAUUUCUGUUGUUAGACUGGAAAUCUGGACAAAAACUGAAGAAAACAAAACAAAGAUUCCUGGGAUUGUGGAGAGUGACGGUGAUGAAGAUGAAGAAACGGUGAUCUAUGAGGAAAUUGGAGAUUUUUGUUCUUCUGUUCUGCUGAACUAAUGAACAACUUCAACUCCCCAGAAAAUGCUUAAAGUCUCAUCCAUGUGGCCACAACAGUCUUUUUAUAUUUACUUAAAAUACAGAGUUAUUCAAAACUGAACAUUUAUUCAUUUCAAAGUGUGAAUUAUUAGCAGUAACAUCAUGUUUAUGAUGUUAUUUCUGCUUCUGCUAAGGAUUCUAAACAAUUUAGAAAGAUUUUAUACAGAUACAUUUAUUUUCUUAUUUAUCCAAAUAAUCCAUUUCUGUGUCCUCUUUUAGUUUGUGAGCAGUUUUUUUUUUUAUUGUAGUGCAAUGUGGGAACUUUGUAGUUAAUUUUUUAUCAUUGCUAUGCAGAUGAUGUUUGCUUCUUAUUUAAGUUUUUCCAACCUACAGAUGCUGCAGGAUAAAUUAAACUCUUGGUCCUGUUCUCUAGUUCUCUCAUGUGACUCCAUUUGAUUUUUCAGUUGCAUUAGAUUCUGGUUUUGAUUUUUAAAGCAUGAACAUCGUUAAACAUAUGUCUGCAGCAAUCUCAGAUUUCUGAUGUUAUAAGAUUAGUGGCUCCUUGAUAAGUUGUGUGCUGGACUGAAAACUAAAGGAGAGUUCAUGUAUCAUAAAACUCAUCUUUUUAAAAUUCCUGUUUUGCUUAUUUUAAGUGUUGGUUUGGUUUGGAAGCCCUUGCCCACCAUAGCAACUGUCUGAAAGUGAUAAUGUUGAUGCAAAAAUCCUUUCAACUGCACAGCAUCCAAAAGUGAAUGACUGUCCUGACAUGCAAUGUCUUAACUAAAACAAUCAGAUUGGAUACAGAGUAAUUCCACAGAUUCUCAAUUGGACUUGGGUCUGGAUGCUGAUUGGCUCAUUCUGACUCCAGUUUGCUUACAUCUCCUGACUAAUCAGUUGCAGUUGUGGCUACAGUCUUCAGAUUAGGGUGGAAGUUCAUAUUAAAGCAGGACAACGUUUUGUAUUCCUGAAGUAUCAUCAAUGCAAAGCUGUUUAAAUCCAAAGAAAACAUUCCAGCAGCUUGAUUUUGAGAUCCUGAACCUUUAUUCCAAUUACUCUAAACCCUUAAAUCCUCCUUUACUGUGUUUAUUACAACUAUGAUGCUGUUUAUAUUGGAACUGUUCCUCAGCAGCUUCAGCCUGCAACUGCUCUGCUGAUUCUGACAAAAAUAUAAUUAUUCUAAGAUGAAAUGUAACCACUAGAUGGCGUAAAUAUCCUGUUAAUAUUAAAUUCUGUUAAUAUUACAUUACAUUCAACCUAAGGGAGAAGCUCUGACAAAUCAAAAGCAGGAAUUUAAAGGCUGCUCCAUUUUAACUGGUCAGGUUCUAAACUGGAAAUAAGUUUGAUCAAAUAAAUAACUCAAAUAAGUUUGAAAAAAAAAAUUACGCAAGCAAAGUGGGAGACAAGAAUCAUGGAGAACAAUAGGGAUUAAAUGCAGGGGGACUCUCAGCUCCAACCAACCAGAUAUGAGUAAAAAAGGUGGUAGGUUUAACAAUCCCAGUGACCGCAGCAUCAAGAAGGAAAACGAAAAGCUCAAGCAGGAAAUGCAGAAGCUGUGUAGAGUCAAGGCCUUGGUACAACUCAUCUUCUGAGCAGUAAGCUGUAAUCCUGAAACUGGAAAAGUGGAUGCAGCAGACUCUCAGACUGGAUGAGAUUCCAGAAAGAGAAGAGUGCAAUCCUACAAGCAGCUAACAAACAGCUAACAUACUGAGCAAAACCCUGAGACUCUCAGGCCGUGAUAGAAGGCGCAUGCUUCAAAUGAGUGGAAAGGUUUUUCUCUUUAUCAGAUCAAGAAGAAAAAAAAACAGCUGCUACAUUCUGUUCAGUCCAGCUGACAUGUGAAAUUAAUACACCUCUAACCUCAAACAUGACCGCAUUUCUGUUUCUUAUUCUUCAGGAUAUAAAAGUGUAAAUUUAACACAUUAAAACUAGAAAACAGUAAUAAUACUGAUGUCCUCGGUUAUUAAAAUAAGAAACUGAGUUAAAAAUGUUCUAAAUGACAAGCCCCUGAUGUGAGACAAACGUUGAACUGAAUAGGAAGUGACACCUUGCAAACCGCCUGCAACGUUUUCAGCUUUAAGAGGAAACCACUGAUAGUCUGUGAAUCAUUUGUUCACAAGACGAGACGGAGAGGAACAAUGAUUUAAUACGGAAACCAAAAUGUAUUUACAGCUGUUUCUGAUGAUUACAGUUGCAGCAGCUGCAGGGCAACAAGCACCUGAGUUCCUGGUCAGAGUUGGUGAUGAAGUGACUUUGUCUUGUAAAGACGUGACUGAUGGUCAGAAUCAAUGUGACGGAACAACUUGGAUCUUCAUCCGUUCAAUGAAAACAGUGACGCUGUUUGAAGCUGGAAAGAUUAAUUUAACUACAUCAGACAGACUGAGUGUUACUGUUAACUGCUCUCUGGUCAUAAAGAAGGUCACCAUGGAGGAUGUUGGUCGUUACACCUGCAGGCAGUUAACAUCAGGACAACAAGGACCAAACUCUGUUUAUCUAACUGUUGUUCUCAUGACUGAACAGAAGAUCAAUAAUUUAUUAGUCUUAAGCUGCUCUGUGAUGGAUUAUGAAAUCCAAAGACACACAGUGAAGUGGCUGCAUGAGGGGGAAGGAGAAACAUCCUCACAUACAAAACUAUCACUGCCCUUCUAUCGUUCUGCUGCGGUACUGACAACUUCCCUUCAUCAAAACUCAGCAUUUUUUAACUCAACAAAAUGUAACGUCACAAAUAUCUCAACUAAAGAAGUUCAGCUGUUCACCUUCAGCCGCCAGUCAACUGAUCAUAAAACAGGUGAGUGCAUAAUGGACAAUCCAAACUCAGAACAUCUGUAUGCACUUCAUAAAUCUCACAACAAAACCAGUUUCAUGCAUUUUUGAAGCUUCUUCUCAUCGUCUUUUCUCUGAAAAUUAUAUAAUAGCAAUCAACUGAUGACAAAAUCCAAAAGUAAUGACAAGACGAUUAUUUUUCUCAUUCGGUGAUCAGUACUUAGAUAUCGGUGCUGUUGGUAAAUUUUGUCUAAUUUAAUCCAAAUCUUUGUAUUGUCAGGUUUUCUACCUGUAUUGUACGUACUGAGAUGCGUUGUUGUGUCCGUGGGUUUGGCAGCGCUCCUUACAUCUGUUAUUACAAUCAACAUGAAGACAAAAAACAAAACGGUGAGAACAUUCACAGAUGAAACGUUUACACAUGAAGCGGCCUGGGAAACCAGGGUUUUUACAGCUAAAGUCACCAUAAAGCUAGUUCUGCGUCAUUAACAAAGAAAAUACAGAUGAACAUAAACAUCGGAUGCUGAUUAUGAAUGUAAGAAAAAAACCUGGUUAAAAUAUAUUACAACUAAAAAAAAGCAAAUCAGGAAGUUAUGGCAGGUAUCAGAGCACCACAUUAUUGAUUCAUUAUUGUUGUAGUGAGAAUUGGGAGAAAUGUAAGAGGAAUAUUAAACAUAUUUUGUUUUCAGCAGAGGCACAUGGAUGAUAAUGAAGAUACAGUCGUGGAGGAAAACAGAGAAUAAUUCUGCUGCUGUCAGAUUCUCUGAUCAACAGAAAUCAGUUCAACUGAAGGAAACCAACAGUUGUUAGAUUUUAGAUUUUAAAUAAAGAAGAACAGUUUCAUUAAAUAACUGUGCAGGCCCAUGAAGUGGGAUAAGAAUAUGUUUAUAAAUAAAUGAAUCAGUUGUUUUUGUUGUGAAGUGACCCCAGCCAGUAGAGAGCGCUGUUGGACCUUCAGCUCCCAUCACUCUUCUCAGAAUGAACAACACAGCCUCUAUGUAAGCUAUAUUUCAAAACAAAUUCAGCUGUUUCAUAUUUUAAUUGACAUUUACUUUUAGAUUUAUGAGGUGUGUAACAGUCAGAGAUUCAUCAUUUUUUAUGCCGUUUUCCCAAAAUGCCGUUCUUGUGACGCACAGAAAAGAAAACAACCUGCUGCUUUGUUCGCUUUGCAAAUCGUCCCUUUCACAGUAAAGUGAGCUGGAGAUUUUUCCAAAUAUUUUCUGUGAUAAACCAAAAUAUGUAAUUGCAAAAGAAAAACAGUUGAUAUAAGUGUGUUGUUGCUCUGCAAAAUUCAAAAUUAAACUUGGCUGAUAAUAAACAAUAUUUAGCAUUAGGUUUUGUUCAUGUGUCAGUCAUGCAGUGAAGAACUGUGGGGUUUGUUAACCGAAGCAGAGAAGGUCUUGUUCUUUUGCAUGUGGGUCAGUUUGGAACUGCAAACAAUUUGCACUGAAUUCAGAUUUAGGCAACAUUUUAAAAGCAAUUUGAUGGACCAUACAAAAAAAAAGUGAUUUCAGAAAGAGUCAAGUUUGAGCAUCAAGACCUGCAGUGUGAACGUCGCCUCUGUGCUUUUUGCAACCCUUCUUGCAGAUGGCAGUGUCAUGUAGAAGACGCUUCCUGUCAUUUUCUCAGGGCAAUGCUUCGACAAACCAAGAGGUGAAGGGUUAACCAGGUACUUGCCAGCAAGCUGCUCCAAUGCCUGACUGCAGGAGGUGUGUCACAUGUUAGACUGGAUAACUAGUGGUGGACGAUGCUCUAGUACUUAAGUAAAGUAUUGAUAUGGUCAAAUCUUACUCAACUACAAGUAAAAGUGUCUCAAUCAAAAGUUUACAAAUGUAGAACCACUCUGUCCACCAACAUCCCCAAAAAAGGAAAAAACAACAACUUCUUAUUCCCCCAAACAGCAACACUGGUAACUAGAAGUAAUGCCAUAUUUAACAUAGAUGCUACAAACAUGGAGCUAAGAUCUGGUCAUGUGUGCUGGUUUCUCCAGUUCAAAUGUUUAAAUGAAAGUAGGAGCUCAGCUCGGCACACUUAACGAGGAGGACAGAGCGCCAAAUCUAAGCUGUGAGCAGCAACUGUGAUUGGCUCCCCUUCUUGUGGCCAAUUGCAUUUCAGUAAAGAAAAACAGCAGCAGAGGACAAUGAAGAUAUGCUGAGCCACAAGGAAUGAGUAACAACAAGCAGCAAGUGGAAUUGAAAGUCAGAAAUUCCCCAAAAAAUGAAUACUGAAGGAAAAAUACUAAGAAAAUGCUCUUAGGUAUAACACUCUAGUAAAUGUACUCUGUUAUUGUCCACUACUGCGGUGCUGCCAACUGCAACAUGUGCAGAACCUGAGAAACUCUGUGAGUCUUGCAACCCUUCUUGCAGAUGUCAGUCUGAUGUGGAAGAAACUUCCUCCCAAAGGGGGUGAAGGGUUAACCUGGUACCUGGCAGCAAGCUGCUCCAGGGAAAUGACUGAUAAAUAACUAGUAGUCUAACUUAGAAAACUUAUCUGACAUAUGGAAACCACUUUAAAAUAAAAAGGUCAGAAAUAAUGAGAAAUACAUAUAUAUAUUUAUAUAACUUUAUCAUGAAAAGAAGCAGCAACCAGAUGACGUGAUUCUGUUCUCACAUUCUGAGAGGCUGAGCUCUCAGAUGAAACUAACACCUCUAACCUCAGACACGCCCACAUUUCUGUUACUUGCUUUUCUGUUGCUCUUUGAUAAAUAAAAGUUUAUAUUUGAGACGCAUGGAAACAAAUCAAAGUGUUAGAUGAAUACACAAUGAGAUGUUCAGAGUUUUUAGAACCAGCUAGAAAUUAAAAGUUCCGAAAAAAAUGAUAAGGAAGCAAGUCCCAGAUGCAAAAACAAAAAUAUGUCAUGAGGAAGUGACAGCUUGCAAACAACCUGCAACGUUUUCAGCUUUGAGAGGAAACCACUGAUAGUCUGUGAAUCAUUUGUUCACAAGACGAGACAGAGAGGAACAAUGAUUUAAUAUGGAGAUCAAAAUGUAUUUAUUUCUGAUACUGAUGAUUACAGUUGCAGCAGCUGCAGGGCAACAAGCACCUGAGUUCCUGGUCAGAGUUGGUGAUGAAGUGACUUUGCCUUGUAAAGACGUGACUGAUGGUCAGAAUCAAUGUGACGGAACAACUUGGAUCUUCAUCCGUUCAAUGAAAACAGUGACGCUGUUUGAAGCUGGAAAGAUUAAUUUAACUACAUCAGACAGACUGAGUGUUACUGUUAACUGCUCUCUGGUCAUAAAGAAGGUCACCAUGGAGGAUGUUGGUCGUUACACCUGCAGGCAGUUAACAUCAGGACAACAAGGACCAAACUCUGUUUAUCUAACUGUUGUUCUCAUGACUGAACAGAAGAUCAAUAAUUUAUUAGUCUUUAGCUGCUCUGUGAUGGAUUAUGAAAUCCACAGACACACAGUGAAGUGGCUGCAUGAGGGGGAAGGAGAAACAUCCUCACAUACAAAACUAUCACUGCCCUUCUAUCGUUCUGCUGCGGUACUGACAACUUCCCUUCAUCAAAACUCAACAUUUUUUAGCUCAACAAAAUGUAACGUCACAAAUAUCUCAAGUAAAGAAGUUCAGCUGUUCACCUUCAGCCACCAGUCAACAGAUCAUAAAACAGAUCAUAAAACAGGUUGGACUUGGUGGCAUAUUGUUGUUUUUGUGGCUCCAACAGGCGUAUUAAUAAUCAUUCUGCUGUUCAUCAAAUGGAAGAAAACUAAAGGAAGUGAAAUCAAGAAGGAAGAAAACACGCAGGAACCAAUCUUACAACCUGAAGUCACAGUUUCGGAUCCAGAAACCAGUGAAGUUGUGGUUGAACCAGAGGGGUGUGUGUACUACGCCUCCGUCUGCUACACCAAUAAGGCCAAGAGGAAAUCACAGGUUCAUUCCUCCGUGGACAACUCUUCUCCUGAAGAUGCUGCUGCUCAAGAAGCAGUCUACGCCGUAGUCAAAAAAACAGAAACAGAUGAUGUUACUGCCUGAAACUGUUUUAAAAAAUAUAUUGGAUUUGGUUUUCCGAAAUGUUUGCUUUAAGCAAAUUUUAGCCAAAAAACGAAACUAGAGCUAAUAUCAGCAUUUCACUAGCCUGGCCAUUGCCUUGCAGUGCAAUUCUACUCGAUUCGCAUCUCCCUUCACUGUUCAGUCUGGGAUUUCUCCCAUUGAAGUGGAUUCCUCUAGUACAACUUUUACUAGGUCAAUCAGUGAACAGAAGGAAAAGUUAGGACCCUGGAUGUCAAUUUUCUGUUUUAUAAUUGCAGCCUGCCUUAAGUGUUAGCAAUGACAGGAACUUAACGAACUUAGGCAACUUAGCAAGUUAUAAUUUAAAUAACACAUAAAUUGAAUUAAGAGCCACUGCAAUAAAUCAAUAUUUAUGAGGAAUUUUAUCAAGUGGAGUUGCUCAUUACAACUUGUUUUUAUUUAUAGCCUUAAAUUUUUGUAAAGGUGUAGCAGAGAUUCUAUCUGUGCCACUGAACCAAGCUCAUAUCUAAACAUUUAAGUUUUACUUUGACUUUUAUGGGUCUCAAUAUUUUGCUCACUGAGAAAAUCCCAUGUUUGAGCAUCACCACUUACUACUCAUUUUUGGCCUUGCAGGUUGAACACAUUGAAAACUUUUUAAACCACAUUUUACGUUACAUUUCACUGUAACGUUGCCGACCCCUCCAAAAUUGCUCUUAAAAAAUUUCCUUGUUUUUUGUCCCCCCUAACAUAGAAAUGAGAUUUCCUCCCUUAAAUAUGUUAAAAAGUCACCAGCUCCACAUAUUAAUUUUGUCAAUAUGAUGUUUUUUUAUUUGUUUGUUGUUGUUGUUUUUGGUCUUAAAUUAGAAGAUCAAAGUGAAACUAACUCGGGUCUUUCAGACAUGGUGCUCAAAGUUUGAUUGGUUGUUGGACUUAAUGAGUCCACCCCCACAGAUUCUGGUCAAAAUGGCUCUCAUGAAACCCAGGUAGAGCGAGUUGCUACUCUCAAGUAGAAAGAGUUGAUAUAAAGUUUUUGUUUUAUGUGCUAUAAACAAUAUUUUAACAUGCUUGUAAUCUUUUCCAUCCUCAAAUAAAUGAAACAUUUGUUUGACUGA